UCUUGUUGUUUCCUUUUUCAAGUACUACUAUGAGAAACUACCACUCUCUCUUCUCUAUCUACCCAACUUCAUCUUCUAUCAUUGCAGCUGCAGUUGCAGUGCCGUAGAGUAGACACUCCCACUCACUCCCUCCCUCGAUUGAGCAGAGAAUGUACACGUCACCGUCCUCAGAUUAGAAGAAGAAAUGGCUGCAUUAAUCUGUUUUCCUCCAUCUCUCUCAUCUCUUUCUACGAAUACAAUUCCCAAAUUAUCCACUCCAUCAUCCUUCUCAAACACCAGAUGCUUUUUUCCACACAAAGCCCCUUGCCUCUCCAAUUUUGUUGCCAGGGCUUAUAAUUGGGGCAAUUCCGAAUAUGAUGAUGAUGAUAAUGGCAAGUAUACAAAAGAAGAUUAUGACAGCAUUGAGAUUGAAAUAGUGAAGACUGGCAACAACAGCCGGAGAAUUAGAUCAAAAGUAAGGAUCCAAGCCAGCCUACAGGCUGUUUGGGAUAUAUUGACUGAUUAUGAAGGCUUAGCAGACUUCAUUCCUGGCCUAGCAGUCAGCAAGUUGCUUGAGAAGACCGAUAAUUUUGUUCGCCUUUUUCAGAUUGGUCAGCAGAAUUUAGCUUUUGGGCUCAAAUUCGACGCAAAAGGUACUAUUGACUGUGUUGAGAAGGAUCUUGAAAUUCUUCCAAUUGGGCAGAGGCGUGAUAUUGAGUUCAAGAUGGUUGAAGGUGAUUUCCAGAUCUUUCAAGGAAAGUGGUCUGUUGAACAGGUUGAUAUAUGUUUGCAUUCAUUUUCUAUGUGAUUCUGACCCUCGUCUCGUUUAGUAUAAAUUGUGUUAUGGUCAUCAUCAAGU